UGAUCCAAGUUCAAAUUCAAAGUCUGGAGUUGUAUUGUUUUGUUUUCUGAUUCAAAAACACAAUCCAUUCAGAAAAGGCUGGAAUCGAACACGCAUCCACGUCGACCCACGUGUUUGCGCUUCCUUCUCCACCUUUCCUUCGUCUCUCACCGCCCUUUCAAAAAAUACAACUAACCCUCAGUUUUCUUUUCUGUUUUUUUCUUGGAGAAAAUUUUCGCAAUCCAUUCCCACCCCUAAUCCUAAAUCUCUGAUUGGCCGGCCUGCUGAUAUGGUGGCGGGGCUGUUUGGCCUUUCCGCGGAGGAGGCCGUGGUGGCACUCCACCUCAAGGCCGCCACGAAUUGGUGGGACAUAGUCAAUCACUCUGCCGCUUGGCAGGACCGUAUUUUCCAUGCGCUCGCGGCGCUUUAUGGGAUCGUCGCCGCUGUUGCCCUUGUACAACUGGUUAGGAUACAAUUGAGAGUACCCGAGUAUGGUUGGACGACUCAGAAAGUAUUCCAUUUUCUAAAUUUCUUAGUCAAUGGAGUUCGUUGCCUUGUGUUUGCAUUUCGUCGGGACAUUCAGAAGUUGGACCCUGAGAUUACGCAUCAUAUUUUGCUUGAUUUGCCGAGUCUUGCGUUCUUCACGACGUAUGCAUUGCUUGUACUGUUCUGGGCAGAAAUUUACUAUCAGGCUCGUGCUGUAUCUACGGAUGGUCUGAGGCCUACCUUUUACACAGUAAAUGGUGUUGUUUAUUUCAUUCAGAUGAUUCUGUGGUUAGCUCUAUGGUGGAAACCUGUUCAUGUGGUGGUGGUCUUAACCAAGAUGUUCUUUGCAGUUAUUUCUUUAUUUGCUGCCCUUGGGUUUCUUCUCUAUGGUGGAAGGUUAUUCUUAAUGCUACAGAGAUUCCCUGUGGAGUCGAAAGGACGUCGCAAAAAACUACAGGAGGUUGGCUAUGUAACCACGAUUUGCUUUAUAUGUUUUCUGGUUAGAUGCAUUAUGAUGUGCUUUGAUGCAUUUGACCCAGCUGCUGAUCUAGAUCUUCUGGAUCAUCCGAUCUUGAAUUUUAUCUACUAUCUGCUGGUGGAGAUAUUGCCGUCAGCACUUGUGCUCUUCAUAUUGAGAAAACUGCCUCCGAAACGAGGGAUUACACAGUAUCAUCCUAUCAGGUGAUGAAACCAACUGCUGAAUGGAGGGGUUGGGAUACCAUUGAAUUUGGAGCAGAAAUGUGAUGAUCAGAUCAAUCAUUUCAACUUAUGUCCAUCUCCAACCCUCUUUGUUUCUCUCACAUGCAGUUGACAAUUUUCACUCUUUGACUUCGAAUCAUUAAUGUGGAAAUGUAGUUUUGAAAUUAGAAGUGCAUAAUCUGUCAUCUCUGUUUGCAUAGCAUUUAGCCAUCGUGUGUAUGUGUGUAAAGUGGGUGUGGUGGUGACAGUAUAAAAUUAUACAACAAGUGCCACCGGGGUUUGGGUUGAAUACCUGCCAUUUAGUCAAGCUUGGUUCGUUUAUUA